UCGCGAUACUGCGGUUCCUGCGGGCUAAAUGGCCAGACCAUGAUAUUACCGAGAUUGUCCUGGUUCCUCCCAAUCAGUGCGCUACUGACGAAAUUAGUGAAUUGCUUUUGCUGCUCGAUCAUUUCCUUUCGUGUUUCCGGCGUAAUCUUAUCUUGUCUUACAGCUUUUCCGUGUUUACUCGAUCGAAAUAUGGCCAACUCCCACGUUCUUCGAAGUAACGAUCACGAUAGUCGAGGGUUGCGUCUCGGAAUCCAGCCAAAUGGAUGUGUGCCGUUGUCUGUAUAUCAUCAACAUUAACACCGCAAUCACGGUAUGAACCGAGAACUGACGUUUUUGAAAGUUUCCGUCAAUGGCUGAUUGGAUCCUGUAUGACUAGCCCAAAGUUGUUCCAGGUCAACUAUACGCCUAGGUAUGUUUGUAUAUGCCUCCAUUGCCCCUAGGAAGCGAUCUACCGCUUCCACGACUUGGAAGUUGGUGUGCGGGAAUGACGACCAUGGAUAUAUUAUCCCUGCCGGCUUCUGUCGGUGGAGUUUAAGUCCUGUGAAAUUACCACUACUCAUUGUCUUACCCGUGAGAUAUUCUCUUUCUGCUUCAUUGAGUGAUUUUUUAG